GUCCGGAACAUGCGCGAGCGCCCCUGGUGGCGGCGCGCCGAACUAGCUCGGGGCAGAUACCUGGGGUGACUUUGCAUGGGCAUGGAUAGGCGACAAGCCUCUCAGGGCCUUUCUUUUGAUGAAGUUAACGUAUUGUGAGGCCCGUUGUGAUAUUUCGGAAAGAACACACCUAACUGAACGACCUAGCAACCGCAAACAAAACACACAGAGUUUGUAGAUUGUUUACAAGCCGUUAAAAGAUGGAGGAACACGGGUAUGCCGUCAGCGCCGACCAGCACGCCAAAAAGCGCAAAAGUAAUUCCUCUACGUACUGUUGCGUUCCACAGUGCAAUAAUUACGCUCAAGAAGGAUUGCGGUUUCACCUUUUCCCUAAAGAAAAAACUCUUCGAGAAGCAUGGAAAGUAGUUUUGAAAAUGGGAAAGCAAGUGACGAACUCUGACAGAGUUUGCUCAGAGCACUUCUCCCCCUCGGAUUAUUUGCCCCAAGCAAAGCCAACUGCUGUGCGUCAUUUGAAGAAGAUUGCUGUCCCCUCGCUUAAGCUACCAGUGAGGAGCUGUGAUCGUCCUGAAAGUUCGCCUCGAAAGAAGCAAAGGAUGGCUAGGAAGAUGCGGGCAGCAUCUCGACAGGUCAAUGCAACCAGCCGUGAUGAAGAGAAAAGGUUGUCAGAGGAUGAGAUUCUUGUGGUUGAGGAGGCAGACGUCAUUGGCGGAAAUGAGGAGGAGCAGCCCCAUAAUGAGCCACCCCCUGUCCCUACGAGAAAAGAAGUAUCAACACAGAGUGAAAAGUUUUCACUCUUGAGCCUCAUUCAGGAACCAAGCAAAUUAUUCACAUUCACUGGGCUGAGUUCCUUUGAAACAUUUGACAACAUUGUCCUAUGCACUGAAAGAAUUAUGCCAGAUACCAGCAAAUUUCUUCUCUCAGUUAGGCUCAGAGUGGCUCUGUGCUUGACAAAACUGAAAUUGAAUGUUUCAUAUGCAGCUCUUUCAGUUCUCUUUGGAGUGACCGAUGAAACAUGUAGUCACUAUUUUAGGCACACUGUACAAGUUCUGGCAAACAUUUUGAAAGGUGUGUUGUACUUUCCUUCCAAAGAAGAAAUACUGGAUAAUAUACCUAAAUGUUUUAGGAAGUACGUCCACACAAGGAUUGUUCUUGAUUGUGCCGAGGUGCCUGUUGAAAAACCAAAAUGUCUUAGAGAGAGAAUACUCACUUACUCUCAAUACAAAGGAAGGCAUACUCUCAAGUUCUUGGUGGGUGUAUCUCCAUCUGGAAUGAUAACAUUCCUAAGUUCUUUAUUUGGUGGGAGAGCAUCAGACAAGAGAAUUGUAAUUGAAUCCAAAGUGCUUGAUAAAUGUGAUUACAAUGAUGGUAUCAUGGUAGAUAAGGGAUUUAAAAUAGAUCAAGAGUGCCUUCUGAGGAAUCUGAGACUGAUCAGGCCACCAUUUGUGAGGAAGAAGCAACCUCUCACCAAAGCAGAAGCACUACAGUGUGUGGAUAUUGCAGCAGCUCGUGUUCAUGUUGAAAGAGCUAUCAAGCAGUUACGAGACUUUGAUAUCCUUAGUGAGCAGGUGUCAGGGCACUUGGUUCCUUACAUGAACCAUAUAUUACGUGUUUGUGGUGCUCUAGUUAAUUUGAGUUCUCCUAUUCUGGCAAUGGAAAGGUUCUAAAAAUUUUGUUUCUCAUAGCAAACAAAUUUUAGUUAGACUGUUAUUUUUUUUUUAAAUUUUCUUGACUAACACAAUGUUUUAUGCCAUCAUAAUUGUAACAAAGCUAACUAGUCAUCCAGUCAGUUUUAAUUGUAACAAUGAUAGGAAAGCUACAAAUACUUGUCAAGUCUAGUCUUACCAGUCACAAGAAAUGACACAUUUCAGUGAGGAUUAAAAUGUAUUUGAAAAAGCAAGUACUCAUCUUAGAAUAAACAUAUUCUUACAUUUCA